AUGGCCUCUGUCUCCAAGCUCGCCUGCAUCUACUCUACCCUCAUCCUGCAUGAUGAGGUGACGGCCCUGGCCAAUGUCAACAUUGGGAGCCUCAUCUGCAACAUAGGGGCUGGUGGGCCUGGAGCCACCCCAGCAGGCAAUCCUGCCCCCUCUACUAAUGCUGCCCCAUCUGAAGAGAAGAAAGUGGAGGCAAAGAAGGAAGAAUCUGAGGAGUCUGAUGACGACAUGGGCUUUGGUCUUUUUGACUAAACCUCUUUUGUUAACAUGUCCAAUAAAAAGAUG